AGCCGAAAUACGGCCAAUCGAUCUUCUUCUUUUUCUCUUCUCUGUACCCGCCCGCCGUGCACGACCUCGUGUUCGAUCCGAGCCUGAGAACCCUAAUCUCAAUUCGUCGUCUCGUCUCGUCUCGCAGUUUUUUUUCUUGGCCUUCAAUGCAAGGUUUUUCGUUGGCUUUGAGGUCAAAGAGAUUUCCCAUUUCUUUACUGAUUGUUACAGUUGAUCUGUGGUAUCGGUGCUUUCCUCUCAGCUCGUAUUCUUAGUUAUUGCCGAUUCAUUUGGUCGGUCUUUUCGAGGUUGGGGCUUGAGUCCCCUGGGAACUGUGAGGGCUUGGAUUUUCUUUCUGGAUUGGGGGACGAUGGAUACGAGCCGACGGGCCGUGGAAUCUUAUUGGAGAUCUCGCAUGAUAGAUGGAGUGACUGUGGAUGAGGAUAAGAUCGCGCCCGUCUAUAAACUCGAGGAGAUCUGUGAGCUCCUGCGGACUUCUCACGCGAGCAUCGUUAAGGAGGUUUCGGAAUUCAUCCUUAAGCGGCUUGAGCAUAAGAGUCCUAUUGUCAAACAAAAGGCUCUAAGACUUGUCAAGUAUGCUGUGGUGAAAUCUGGAGCAGAGUUCAGGAGGGAAAUGCAACGGAAUUCAGCUGCAGUGCGCCAACUGCUUCAUUACAAGGGAAAUUUGGAUCCGUUGAAAGGGGAUGCUCUUAACAAGGCUGUUCGUGAUACAGCUCAGGAAGCUAUUUCUGCCCUCUUUUCUUCUGAUGAUAAUAAAGCAGCAGCUGCUCCAGCUGAAAGCAUCAAUAAGCGAAUUGAAGGUUUUGGUAAUACAAAUUAUGAGGUGCCAACAGAGGAGAAGAAAUCUUUUCUCAGUGAAGUGGUGGGCCUUGGAAGUGCCUCUAUCAUUCAGGGAAUAACCUCUCUUGCCGUUUCCCAUGCAUUGAAAAAGAAUGAUAGUGGGACUUACAGAAGCCCUAAUCUGCGGAGGUCUCUAACCACAGAAAUAGAUAGCAGGGAUACAUAUGAACCAGUAGAUGAGCAUCAUGGUGAAAAGCGGCAGCCAUCUGUAUCAUUAAGGAGUGCAGCUUCUGGUAGUUGGAAUCCAGAUUCAAGAAAUAACUUGAUGAGUACAUCAGUUAAUGAUGAGAAUAGUUCUAGUCACAUGGUGGUUAAGAGUCGUGAGGAGAGGCUUUUGGAGACAAUUGUUUCCUCAGGAGGUGUCCGGCUUCAACCUACUCGGGAUGCACUUCAGGCAUUUCUUGCAGAAGCAUCAAAAUUGGACCCACUUGCUAUGUCCCGCGCAAUUGAAAUGAAGCUUCAAUCUCAUCUGUGGCAGGUCCGAAUGAAGGCAAUCUGUGUCCUGGAAUCAAUUUUGAGGAAGCAGGAUGACGAUUAUUGUUCUAUUAUCGAAUCUUACUUCAGUGAAAAUAAUGAUGCUGUGGUUAAAUGCUGCGAAUUACCCCAAGCUUCACUGCGGGAAAAGGCAAACAAGGUCUUAACUCUCCUGGGUGGGGACCUGCAUUCUGCACCUGGAAAUGAGGACCCAACUGAUGGAAAAUCCAAGCCAGUUCCCACUGCUCAGUUGCCUGAUUUAAUCGAUACAGGUGGCUUGGAAGAUGAUGAAUUUGGAACUUCUUCCAAAAAUCUUGUUGAUGAAGGCGUUGGAGAUCUAACAUCAGCUCCUCUAGUUGAUGAUCUAUUUGGUGGUGCACAGAUUUCUGAAGUAAGCAUCAGCAAAAAUGAAAAUGCUGAUGAUCCAUUUGCUGAUGUCUCAUUCCAUACUGCUAAUGAGAAAAAGCACACAGACAUCUUCUCUGGAUUGACAAUUGAUGAUAAGAAAUCUGAUCAUAUUGUACUUACUGAAAACAAGCAUGACUUCGACAUUUUUGGUUCCAACUCUUGGAAUGUUGAAUCUGAUGAUAAGAAAAAUGUUCAAGAUUUGAUGGCUGGAAAUUAUCUUUCUGUAAUGAAUCAGGACAGCGUACAAACAAGAGCAUCUGGAGCCCUAUUGGAUGGGAGCAAUCAGCAGAGUCAACUUCCUCCCAGUGUGAAUUCUAAGGGUUUUCUUGGUCCAAAUGAUUACUACCCCAUGACUGGCUUGCAAUAUAACAUGCAGCCAAAUAUUAUGCUCAAUCCGGCUCUUGCUGCACAGUCCAUGAACUAUGGUUCAAUGGGAGCUUAUAUCACUCAGCAGCAAUUACUAUACCAAAAUAUUGGGAAUGCUAAUUCAGGUUAUAUCAAUGUUGCUGGUCUUGCCACGGAUGGAGGUUACGCUUCAGCACUCCCUGACAUUUUCCAGAUAUCAAAUAAUCCAAUUCAGGGCAAUAGUCCAGUGAUGACCAACUCAAAGAAGGAUGAGACAAAGGCUUUUGAUUUUAUUUCGGAGCAUAUAUCUGCUGCUCGAGAUUCAAAGAGAAUACGGUGAAUUAUGGAUGACCUUGAACUGAGAGAUGAUCUGCAGUUAGAAAGUGGCUGUUUAAAGUAUCUGAUGAAUGUUUUUUCGAGUAAUUUGAGUAAAUCAUUUCUUCCAUAAUGUAUUUAAGACGUUGAUCUAGUUUUGCUCCUACCAUUAGGCAUAUGAAAAAACCAGAAAUCAUAUACAUUGAGCAGAAUGUUGAGGAACUUUUGUAAAGCGCUUUCAAAAUGAAGAUAAACUGUGCAAUUUGCCAUUCUUUAGGACUGUAAAUUGUAAUAAUAUGUUUGUAUUCACGUUGUGCUAGACCAUUUAUGGAUGUCUUUUUUGGAAUAGAUUUUGUAUAUUGUACA